UGUGUCUGUUUAGAUUCGAUCUGAAGACCGUAGACCGUAGACCAUAGCAGUGGAACCACCAACACAACCACCGGCUAAGAGGCAAAAGCCUGCAGUAUCUUGCUGCUAUAGCGCACUACUGGUAAUCGUUCCGAUCGACGAAGUGCAGUCCCCGUCGAAGUCACAGACACCGUCACCAGCGAACGAGUCACAUUCGUCGCGAUUCAAACAAAACGUCAGCGCGGACCAGAGCGGCUCAUAGACAUCGAACGGAGUGCGAUCGUAGCGGUUCGUUCGUGGUUCGGCUCGCGACUGGCAAGUCGCUCAGGGUUUCCGAAAUUUUGCAAGGGUCGAGCCGGUCGGCUAGAAAACAUCCUUGCCCCGGGAAUAUUUACCUAGUCGCAAGCGAAAAAAAGCCCAAGGUGCGCAGACCCAUACAGAGCGGAAUGUGCCUUUAUCAAAAUCUCGACGAACGAGUAAGUGCGCAAUUUGUGAACACAGCCGAAAAUAACAAAAUGUGAAUGGGCGAGAACGGGGCGUAAAACUAGACUGAUAUCCGCCGAGUCGGAAACGGGGCCCUACGGGGCAAGUGACUGAACCCGCCUGAUAGCAGAAAGCCCAAAAUGAACACCUUCAAGCGCGGAUUCUUCUGCUCGGACCUGAGCAUCCGAUACCCGUACCGGGAGUGCACCAUCACGGUUCCGAUGCUGCUGCUGAUGAUGCUCCUGCUGCCGAUGCUCUUCCUAGCCGUGGCGGAGAUCAUGCGCAUUUGCAAGCGAUUCCGCACCCGGCUUUACCUGCGCAACCUGUGGCGUGCCGAGGCCACCUUUAGCUUCGGCUUCAUCGCCACCUACCUGACCACGGAGCUGGCGAAGCAUGCAGUAGGGCGGCUGCGACCCCACUUCUUCCACGCCUGCCAGCCGCGCCUGGACGACGGCAGCAGCUGCGCGGACGCCCACAACGUAGACCUGUACGUAGAGCAGUUCCACUGCUCCAACCGCGACCUCUCCGCUCUCCAGAUCCGGGAGUUACACGUCAGCUUCCCCAGCGCCCAUAGCAGCCUCAGCUUCUACUCGAUGUUCCUGCUUGCUCUGUAUGUGGACGGGGCAUGGCGCGGCCGGGGCGGAGUGCGAGUGCUUCGCCACCUGCUGCAAUUUGUGCUUCUGAUGGCAGCGCUAUGCGUGUCUCUCAGCCGGGUAGCCGACUAUUGGCACCACUGGAGCGACGUUUUGGCCGGUGCCCUGCUGGGCGUCGCUUAUGCCACCAUAACGGCUGUAUACGUGGGUGACCUGCUUCGCCGACGACACCGCACAAGGCAGUCAGCGCUCGGUUUUAGCCACCACCUGCACCACCACCACCACCAGCUAAUGGCGGACAAGAACGCCGGCGCCUCGGCCAAGGUGCACUUCCUGGGAGCAAACGCCACCUCGAUGACCACCAGCACUCCUUUGGACGACCUUCACAGCCGGGACUCGGAGGCGGAAGAUUCCAACGCGUCCGACCAUUCCCAUGACUCCCGGGACUCCCGUGACGGGGAUGAGGACGAUGACGACGUCGACAUGUACAAGCUGCCCGCGUCCCGGCCACCUUCCCAGAGCGAUCUCUCCCACGUCGUGUGAGGCAGCUGGAAUAAUGGCUUAGGCGGGAUCGACUGAGGGGCUUAUCGGCCUGCCGGCUGCUAUUUCGACUAUUUUUCCAUUUAGAAAUCGAAGCAAACAGAAAAAUGUGAUAAGCGAGAGGCACACUCUCUACCUGGUACUGCUCUCCCCUCCCCACCCGGCGAUUUACGAAAUGCAAUGCGAGAGGUUGUGCAACGUCCGCGGCUCAGUUGGAUCGCUCGGACACCACCACAGUGGGCUAAUCACGGAAUCCGUCUUCGAAAAGCGUUUUUGGCCCCACACCCACGGCUGGGUACCUGCGGGCCACAGGAGGCCCACCAGGCGCUGUAUAUGGGCGGUAUCGCUACUGGUAUCCGUUUGCACCCUCGCCGCCCGCCACCCGCUGUCCCCCGCUUUUUGUUUGUAAACAAUGGCGCUGUCACGUCGCACGCUUUUGAAGUGGGCAGCUCGCCAACGUAAAGCGUUGCCUCAAAUCAGCUGCGACAAUCUCUUAGCAGUGAUGCCGACUGCCAACUGGACAGUCCGUCCGACUGUCGACCGUUCGGCGGCUGCUCAGUUUUCUGUUACUGGCAGAUAGGGGAUUGCACCAACCAAUGCUGGAACGCACACGAGGAUUCCUGCGAGGCGCGAGAUUUAUGAACAAAUCAAUUAUGUCGUGUCUAUUAUUAUUAUUGGUUUUAUGUUAAUAAUGUUUGGUUACCGACAGAUUUUGAGGCUUAAUCCAAGUGUUUGCUUAAUAAAUAUUUGUUGUCCAAGUGA